AUGGCUGAGCAACUUAUUCCCUGGCUGAAUGGCCGACUGGAUCUUCGCCAGGCAUAUACGUUCGACCGUAACCAUAUCACUGCGAUGCUGCAAAACAUCGUACUUUCCCCUGGUGUAUACGGCGUUCCCGCUCAGAAUGUCGCCAGACUGAUGUCCAUACACCAGGACAUCACUCGUCUUCGGUGCCCGGAUGGUCAAGAUUACCUCGCCCCGGCACCACCGCAGAACAUCGACCGCCAAGUUCAUCCCCGUUGGCCUAGAGGGAUCGCAAGGUUCCAGCUUAGAAGGUCGACCUACGAUGGAGUCGAGUACUGGGCACUCCCAGACCUCCUUGGGCUCUUUUUGAGCUCUUUGGGUCCGGCUCCAAUCGGGGCGACGAAGCGGAACUUUUACCUCCCGGUUACGGCUGUGUAUGGACAGUGGUGUACCAAGCUCCGUACCGGGGUGAUGCCAAGAGUAUAUCAGUGUUCUUGGACAGACAGGAGGGAGUUCUCUCUUGGUGCCUCCAGAGGAGGCUUUGCUGUCCAGGAUGAUAUAGGGUCCUGGCUCGCCACUACGAACAUGACCGUUACUAUCACUGUUACAGUGGUCAAGAUUGAGAACUUGGAAAGCAUCGAAGCACUAAUGUUGACCCACAUCCUCCAUGACAAUGUCGUCGUCGUUGACGACGACAUUGUCAUGGAGGAUGUGACUUCCACCGCGGGGGAGGAGGACUUGGAAAUGGGGAAGGCCACUGAGAUGGCAAGUGAUGUAAUCAUGCAGGACGUCUUCUAG